AGUGAUGGAACAAAUUUGGCUUCGACUCUUUUCUAUUUCAGGACUGCUGUCAUUAACUCUGUGUCAACCACAAGAGUAUAUUCUGAUCCAGCAGUUAAUGACGUGGGAAAAUGCACAGAAAUACUGCAGGACGCACCAUAAUGAUCUGGCCACCGUUCAGAGUAAUGAAGACUGGACGCGUCUGAAAGAAGCUGCAGAUGAAAAACAGUUCUCUUCAUACGCCUGGAUCGGUCUGUUCAACGACAUCAACGGCUGGCGCUGGUCUUACAACGAGGAGAGUCUGGUGUUCAAGAACUGGGCUUUUGACCAACCAGAUAACUUCUUUGAACGAGAAGAGUGUGUCAGCAUGUAUUUGGAAGGAAAAUGGUCUGAUUACUACUGCACCGCUGAAUUGAAUUUUGUGUGUUACGACGGUGAGAAACACGCACAGUCACUCUUUACUGAUGCUCAUUAAUUCAGUGAAUGCAUGAAGAAAUCAGUCAUACAGGGAGGUUUUAAAGUAAGGAAAUGGCAAGUAACACUGGAUUACAAGUAAAAUUAAGUAUUUUUGUACAAAACACUAACAAUCUUUGUUUUUAUUACAACUUUGGAAAUAUUUUGUUUUUUACAGCAUACUAGAGCUGUAUGAUUAAUCAUCAAAAGAUCUCGAUUCAAACACCCACGUAAUCUAAUUUCUAAAUGAUAACAAUUUGCCUGUGUCUAUUAAAUCUUUGAUAAAAUGUAUUACCAGAACAUUCAAAUCUGCGCUUGCGCUGCCGCUGACACAGA